AUGGCCGUCGCCGAAAAUGUGCCGCCCUCGCCGCCGCCGCCGCCGCCGCCGCGGAUCGUCGUCGCGGCGCUGGCGCUCACGCGCUCCGCCCUCGUGCCGAUGCUGGCGGUCCGGCGCGCCCUCCGCGUCGCCGCCAGGGUCUUCCCCUACGUGGCAUUCGCGCUCGCGUGGGCCAUCUCCGCGGCCUCGGCUGCCAAGAUCGUGGCGCGCCGCGCCUGGGGCGAGGGCUCCGCCCCCUUCCUCUUCCUCCGGGCGCUCACGUCCGCUGCCUGCAAGGUCUGCACCUACGGCUUCCUCGUCCUGCUCGUGCUCGCCGUCCUGCUGCUGUGCGGCCUGUGCGUGGCGUACGUGAUCGCACUUCUAUCCGGACGCGGUACAGAAUUCAAGAAGCGUGCCCUGGGAGCGAUCACGUGGGACUCGGUUGCGAACUCGUUUAGGCUUCCCCGCAUGGCGGUGCUCGGAUUCAUCACAGUCGUGCCCUUCUUCGUGCUAGUUGUCGCCGGCCUUCUGUUGGCGAUGAUGUCGCAUGUGGAGGGAUCGGUGUCUCGGGGAGAAAUGGUCGGCUUUGUAAUCGUGGAUGUGGGGUUUUUUGGAAUGCACGCGACGUCUUGCAUUCUUAUCAUCCCAGCUCUAGCACUUGGCGCCUGGAGGUUCGACCAGGCUGACAGGAAAGCACAGUCGCAGUCUUGCUGA